GGAUGAUGCAAGAUGCAGCCCUUGCCGUUUAAAGCUUGAUUCUGGCUACCAACAGAAACCCUUUUUGCGUCCCAUGUUCACUUGCCGGUUGGUUACCUCAUAGAAAGGAUACAACAUCCCGCCGUCCGAAGCACACAGCUACCGUUCCUGCCUUAUUUUAUCAGUUCGGCUAUUUCCAGCUCCCAUAUCCCGUGUUCAAACAUAAUAUAUAGUCCGGCCAAAACGAUUUCGUCGUGCGAGAGACUUCGUCCCGGACCUGACGAUGACCACAAAUCUCGGCCGCCUUCUUCUCUCAUCUGUUAGUCGCUCACAGGUAUCAUUUGGCUAAAUCAAAUAUAAAUACUGGACGGUGACCAUCUCAACCUAUUCGUCUCAAUCUAAGAGAAGGGGAGGGAAGAAAAAUUGAUAAAUAUAGGUCUCAAGAAAUCCCUAUAUUCAACUCAUUUAUAUCUCGACUCCGAACAAAGCCCAGCCCAGCCAAAAAUUCAAUAUUAUUAUAUGAUAUUCCGCCGCCGAACCCGGAAAAUUUAAACCCUUCCGCAAUUUCUCCUCUCCAGCACCAAAACCUAAAAAAACCAACUCUCACAAAAAAGAAAAGUAGAACAAAGACGUCAAAGGAUAAAACCGAAAAGAAGAAGAGGAAACGUCGGUGAAAAGACACCAAAUAACCAACCAUGUGCAGCAAGGCCUUCUACGUCCACAGCUGCGGCCACAGAAGCUGGGGCCCCCUCCAGCGCUGCGGAAACAGAUACGUCUGCCCGCCCGAAAACACACUCUACUACCCUAUCCGAGUCAACAACCCGUGCAGGUUUUGUCGGCCGCGCCGUCGUAAUGCUGCUGUGUCUGCGCCUGCGACUUCUGCGGCUGCUGAGGCACUUACCAGUUCUCCCGGACGAUUCGACGUUAGCGGUGUCGAUGACUCUGUCUAUGGCGAUGGUGUGGUUUUCAGUUCCAGAGGCAUCACCUUUUCAGAUUCCGUGGAGCGCGUGUCGGGGAGAUUAUUUUUUAGGGGUGAUUAUCUUUAUGCGGGAUAGGAGAGGGGGGGAAGGGAGGGUAUAAAUCAAUAUACAUAUAUAUAUAUAUAUUUUCAACUCCUUUACCUUGCCCUUUCAUCUUCUUAACCUUUAUCUACCGCUAUUGUAUUUCUUUUUAGAUUUACAUACUCUUGAGCUUUUCAUGCAGGAGGGGAUUAUCCUAGAUAUUUUUCUACCUUAAAAGUUUGGGUGAUGGAAGACGUUGUUGAUCAAUCCAUGCAUGCUAAAUAACAUCGAGGCGUUUAACAGGGUUGGAG